CUUUCCAUUUCGUAUCAAUUACCAACAAAUAAAUUUUAUCAUCGUAGACCCGUCAACACCGUUUCUGAUUUCGCGCAAUUAUGCAACGACUUACGAUUAUAAUUUUCUUUUUUUCCAUCGGUACAUCGACCAUUCCACCGCUAUCAAUCGAAAGAGCUUACUAUUGGAGAGAAUACAACAACAAUAUUCCUUCGGACGCCGUUCCUUCAGGAUCCGACUCCUCCUACAUAGGUCAAGCCUACCUCCACGGACAAGGAAUUUUCGUGGUGCAAAUUUUUGACGAUAGUAAGGACGUGGUGGCCGUGGGUUACGGCUUCAUAGGUCUCAGUCUGCAAAAAACUGACAGAGUUAUCAAAAUUCUGUGCUCCAAAAACCCGAAAAACUUGACGUGGGUGGCAAGCAACAACAAGCAUUUUCACGUUGAUAUGAUACGGAGAUACCCCCUGGUUGGAGGGUUCGACCACAAGGAUGCUACCAACGGGAUGAUGUACAUAGGCCGCGUUAGGAGGAACGGCGGAAUUAAAAUAGGUCCCAUUAGAGGGAUGGUGGAAGAUGCCAAAAUAAUGUACGUCGAUGGUACUGUGAUAGUCACAGAAGAGCAAUACGAAGUCCUUGUGUAUGCUUAUUGAUUCGAAUAAAUAAACAUUGUAAAUGCGUAAUUGCAAAUAUUAUUAUUAUAAUAAAGACACAUUUGUGAUAAGAAGAAUAAA